CGGUCGACGAGCUACGCCAAUUGCAAGGACGCCGGACCCAUUGCUUGCGAUUAUUACAAGCGUACCGACGGAGCGCUUUGUGCGAGGAUUGCCUUCCUGAGCGUGAGAGAUAAGGCUUCAGAGCAAGACGAAGGACAAAGUUCUGAACGACGACUACGGAGUUCAUUGCCUGUUUCCACUAGUUCUGUUACAAGAGGCAAAACCCGCGUGUCUUCCAGCCGUCUGUCUCGAGACACCGGUCUACUCAAAACCCCACGACUCCCGUACGACGUAGUCCACAACCUCCUCCCGCCAGUCAUACCCACAGUCACAUCAUCCAACCUCCGCCUCCGCCCAACCAACCAUGGCGGCAAACCCCGAAAAACCACCAGUCACCUUCGGUGCAACGAUAGAACCGCCCUGCGCACCCACACCUGCUCUCCGCUCCCCUCCCUCCAACGACACCAACGCCUCCUCCUCACCUAUAUCAAUACCCGCAGCCGCAGAAAAGGAAAUGGAAAUCGACUCCUCCAACCCCUUCUCCCCCUUCUACACGCACCCGGACGCGCGCCGCUCCUGGGAAGAGAAGAGCCAAACCCCGAGCCAAAAACCCAGUAAAACGAAUCUACACGUAGUCGUCAUGGAGCGCGAGACGACCCGUGACGACCGCGACGACCGCGACCUCGAACUUGGCUCCCACCUCUCCGCGGCGACUACGGCACAGCAGCCAAAGGUGUCGGUCGAUGGCCGCGUCAAGGAAUGCACCAUGUGGCCCUCCCGACAGGCCAUGCUCGAUAAGAAGCGGCAGAACAAGCAGGCGCGCUCGUGUAGCUUGUUCCGCAAUCUGAGCAGCAAGCAGAGGCUGUGGGUCAAGAUUGUGAUUGGGUUGCUUAUCGUGGCUGCGGCGACGGGAUUGGGCAUUGGGAUUUCGAAGGCGGUAGGAGGAGGGGUGUGGGCGAGUCCGGGCCAGAGCCGGCCGAUCAGUUCGCGUUGACGAGUUCUCGUGGAUGACAGGGUGUUGCUGUGUUCUGCAAAACAUCAUUCUUGUCGAUAUGGAUAUGAUACCCCCACAUAUUCAGCAUUGUUCUUCUAGACGGAUUUGCUCCUCGCGGACAACACCUGUACUGCAGAUGGGCAUGUGGCAACCCUGCCAGUGGGUUUUUUAUUCUUCCCAGUCAUGACCAGUCUUCUACUUGUCGACAUUCUCGGCAUGCCCAAUGCUCAUCAUCCAUCAUCCAUCAUCGAUCCAUCGAGACGUCGAUAGCAGACACUGUCGAAGCUGUCAAGCGAUGUCUUCCUCCUUUACUCUUUUUCUAGCAUCUUUUG